UUAGUCAUUGUUGGUUGCAGUUUGGUGGAGCAGACAGUCAGAAGUGGUAGAUGGAGUGAACAGUGGCUGGAUGUAGCUGAAACACCACCAGUUAAAAACAAGACUGAAUCCAUUACUGCAUUUGGACGAUUUGGUGAAUUCAAGAGUUAUGAGACGUCAGGCCAUAUUUUGCCUCUUGCUGCAGCUCAUUUUUGAGCUUUCGUCAUGCACACAUCUCCGAGUGGCACCUGGAACCACUCUGAAGCUGCCCUGCGUCUCAUUCCAAACAGACUUCUAUGCAGAAACCAUCACCUGGCAAUUCAAUGGUGGAGAUAUAGGUGCUCAGUCACUCAGCUCUGCAGCAGUUAAAAAGGAUGGCUUGUAUCUCUCUAUCUCCCCUGUGACUACUGCUCACGAGGGCACAUAUGUGUGUUCAGUAAAGAAGAACGAUAUGGAGUUGAUAAGGAUCUACAACAUCACAGUUGUUGCAUCAAUUGGGUAUGAGAUCAAGGUAAACCAAGGCUCAGACGUUCAUCUCCCAUGCAAUUUGCCACCUUCCAGCCGAGUUGAGACCAAUGCACUGUGGUUCAAAGAGACGGGCGGAGGCAGGAAGACACUGCUGAAUCAAGAAGGGACUGCAUCAGAUGAUAGUCCAAGAGUGAACCUGCGUUUUCCACUUGACCAUGAUCAGUCCAUCACAAUUGGAGAGACUGUCAUGGAGGAUGCUGGAAUUUACCACUGUGAAUCCGUAGAGGGGCAGAAGCUCAGCAGUGUAUAUCUUUCUGUUGUAGUUCCUCCUACCCUUGCUCCUUAUUCGUGCAGUGGCUUCCUGACACCAUGGGAGCCCUGUCAGGAUGAGAACAGUCGCAUAGGGGGACCUCUUCUGCAGGAAUCCAUGACUGAGUUUUCCAUGAAGUUGUAUUCCUACAUCAGAGAAUCAAAUCCCACUACCAACCUGCUCUUCUCUCCUAUUAGUAUCAGCAUGGCGCUCAGCCAUUUGUUAUUAGGUGCAAGAGGUGACACCCGCAAAGCCAUUCAGACGGCUGUGUGUGUGCCGCAUGAUUUCCACUGUGUUCACUUCCAGAUGAAGAAGUUGAGAGAGAAGUUGUCCAGCUCCUUGCAGAUUGCUUCUCAGAUCUACUAUAACCCACAAAUCAGUUUGAAUGAAUCUUUUGCUAACCAGUCGAUGCAGUUCUACGAAGCACAGCCUGUCAGGCUGCUGGAAACCAGCGAGAAAAACACACAGAUGAUCAACGAAUGGGUGGCAAACAAGACGAAACAUAAAAUCACACAUUUGAUUGACUUCGUCUCACCCAACGCCCAGAUAAUCCUGUUGAAUGCUGUGUCCUUCAGUGGUCAGUGGAAAGUCAAGUUUGCUCAGAAACACAAGAAGGGCCUAUUCUCAAAACUGGAUGGUGAUCUUGUACCGGUGCCUCUACUCUAUCACCGGAAAUACAUGGCAACUAUGACAUAUGUGGUUGAGCUAAAGGCACAGGUGGCAAGGUUUAGUCUCACAGGUGACAGCAGUCUUUACAUCGUGCUGCCUCGCGACAGCAAAGCUUCUGACCUGCAGGAGGUCGAGGUUAAGAUGACAGACACGGCUGUGCAUCAAAUGAUAGAACAAAUGAAAACAACACCUCCCCAGCAUAUUGAGGUCACUCUUCCCCAAAUUAAGCUGAAUGUCGAGCCAGACAUGAACAUACUUCUCAAGAAAUUAGGACUGUCUUCACUCUUUGAGGGUGGCAACCUGUGUGGCCUCUACUCUGAAGACCAGCUGGUUCUGGACGAUGCCAAGCACAGAGCCUUCCUGGAACUGAAUGAACGAGGAGUGGAGGCUGCCGCCGCCACCUCUAUGUCAUUCUCUCGCUCCUUUCCAUCUUUCUCUGCCCUGCGGCCUUUCAUCAUGCUGCUGUGGAGUGACCAGGCCAAUGUGCCACUGUUCAUAGGCAGAGUGACUGACCCAUGAGAAAGAGAGAGGAAGAGAGAGAGAGACAGAAAGAUGGUGGGAAUAAAAUGUAACAAGCACAUGAGCUAAGAAAGAUAUAGUAAAUGUAGAAUCAAUUCAUGUCAUUGUGUCAUUAUGCUUUUUUCUGAAAAAUCAGUUGCUUUUUCAAGAUUUGAUAUACAAAGCAAGAUAAAUUCAUAUGAGUACAGCCACAAGUAUCAGUACAAGUAGUCAUCAAGGUCAGGUGACCCUUUGUUUUCAAAACUGAUUAUGAAUAAAUAAAAAUAGAUAUUAAGUAA